CUGUACUGACUGUUCUGACCUCUACAGCUUGGCUUAGUACUUCUCUGCACUCCGUACUGGACACACAUUUUUCCUGGCCUGUACUCUUUAUUUUGAUUUCAUUCCAGGAGGAGGAAAGGUGCUUAUAAGCCAGGAGGAAAUAAAGGUCGGAAGAACAUCGGCUGGAAUUAGCACUAUUAGAACAAUCACUGGCUGACCAAGUUAUCCGUGAAAGGGCUUAGGUUUAUCGCUGAGAAGGGAGAGAAGCAGCGAGACAGUGUAACUGAAGCACACUGACAGAUGGCUGACUUCAUUGCUGGGGCCUUGGGAGGUGCUUGUGGGGUUAUGGUUGGAUACCCUCUUGACACUGUUAAGGUUAGAAUUCAAACGCAAAAAAACUACAAUGGAAUUUGGCACUGUGUCCGCUCAACGUACAAAAUGGAAAGAGUAUCUGGGUUUUUCAAGGGAGUGUCAAUGCCCAUGUCCAUGGUAUCUGUCAGCUCAUCUAUUGUGUUUGGUGUAUAUAGAAAUGUUCUCCGCAAUCUGUGCAAGUUAAAAUAUGGAACAACAGCAGUGAAGCCAUCAAAGUUUGAUAUAUUCCUAUCUGGCUAUGCCGCUGGGGGAGCUCAGAUUUUAGUCUCAUCUCCUGCUGACAUGGCAAAGGUUCGUCUACAGACUCAAAUGUGUCCACCUAAUUCCACCACAUGCUCUUUGCUGACUGGGCCCAAGUAUUCAGGCCCGAUUAACUGCCUGUUGACAAUAGUGAAAGAGGAAGGAUUUCUUGGCCUGUACAAAGGCUCCUCAGCUUUAAUGUUCAGAGACUGCCACUCCUUCGCAACCUAUUUCCUGUCUUAUGCCAUUUUACGGGAAUGGCUUCUACCGUUUGAACAAAGUCACUCAGAAUUAAUCGGAGUUUUAUUUGCUGGCGGUUUUGCUGGAGUGGUGGCCUGGGGCAUCGCUACCCCCAUGGAUGUCAUUAAGUCUCGCCUGCAGGUUGAUGGAGUUACAAAGCAGAGAUACAGAGGGGUGAUUCACUGUAUCACUGAAAGUGUAAGGCAAGAAGGGAUCACUGUUCUGUUUAAAGGACUCUCACUGAAUUGUCUGCGGGCCUUUCCUGUGAACAUGGUGGUAUUUCUUACAUAUGAAGCUAUACUGAGACAGAUCAAACCACUUUCUGUGUGAGCAUAACUUUGCUUUCUUUUUGUUUUUGUAUAGUGUAAAUAUAAAUUGAUUAACAAAGGUAAAAAAAUAAAUAAAUACAUUUCCUGUUUGAAAA